AUGCCGCCAAAAUCUAUAUUCCGCCAGCCUGGGGCUCAACACUUUCAGCUGGUUCACCGUUCUCAGCGCGAUCCGCUAAUCCAUGACCCGGAUGCAAGCAAACAUGUUCUCAAACCAAUCGCUCGCAAAGGGCAGUCUCGUGCCGAUUUGGAGGACUUGGUCACUGACUCCGACCGCACUCGCAAUAUUGGCGAAGCAUCCCUUUACGGAAUCUACUAUGAUGAUUCGGAGUAUGAUUAUAUGCAACAUCUGCGCACGGUUGGAAUCCAAGAGGAGGGCGUGGAAAGUGUCCUUAUUGAGGCACCGUCGGCACGCAAAGCAAAGGGCAAAGAAAAAGACCAAGGAAUCUCACUGAAAGAUUUACCUGACGGUGUCCUCGCCUCCAAGACGGAACUGCCACGUAACUACGAGUCUCAGCAAGCUAUUCCUGCUAGCAUAUCGGGCUUCCAGCCCGACAUGGAUCCCCAUCUGCGACAAGUUCUUGAAGCACUUGAAGACGAUGCUUUCGUUGAUGAGGGGCUGGAAGACGAUUUUUUCGGGGAGCUCGUUGGGGAUGGCGAGCGUGGAAGUGACGAGGAGGUUGAUUUUGAGUUUUCAGAAGAGGGACUCACGAAGGGUGUGGAUGUGGAGGAGGUUGGUGAUGAUGCGGGAUGGGAGGAGCGUUUCUCUCGGUUCAAAAAGGCUCAAGCAGGUCAAGGCCCGAGAAGUGACGAUGGGUAUGACGAUUCUGAGGGCGGAGAUACCAUUGGACGACUUCCUGAGAUGUCAGUAAUAGGUGGCAAAGGAAAGCGGCGGAGGAAAGGUACCAGCGACGCGUCUGGCUAUAGCAUGAGCAGCUCUUCCAUGUAUCGCAACGAGGCUCUGCAGACUUUAGACGAGAGAUUUGACCAAAUGAUCCUGAAGCAGUAUAACUCUGACGAGGAAUCGGAUACCGAACCAUCUGCAGAUGAACCCGAAGAAGAGGACGACGACGAAGCGCCGCAACUCAUAACCUCCCGAGACGACUUUGAGUCGAUGAUGGAUGAAUUCCUCAACGACUAUGAGAUUCUGGGCCGCAAAAUGAAACCCAAGUUGGAAGGAGACGACGGAGCUGCGAAGCUAGAGACCCUUAGGCGUGCGAUGGGCCAAGAUGAGCGUGUUCGUAUUGAAUCAGGCGAGGUUGAUGAGGUUGAAGAUAUUCUGAUGCCAUUGGACAUCGACGACCGGAAAGACCGUUGGGACUGUGAAACAAUACUAACUACAUACUCAAAUCUUGAAAACCAUCCUCGUCUUAUUCGGGCUCGAGACGGCGAGACACGCAAGACACAGGUCGUUCCCAAAAUUCAUCUGGACUCUCGGACCGGAAUGCCGAUAGUUAUCUCGAAUGCUGAAUCAGAAUCCUCUGAUGACGAAAACGAACGUCGACAUAUCGGAACGCUCAAACGCGACCGAAAUGAAUCCAAAGAGGCUAAAAAGGCGAGGAAACAAGCCGUCAAAGAAGAGAGGCAGACGCGCAGAGCGGAGAAAAAGGCAACAAAAGAAAUGUUUGGAGCGGAGCUACAGACACAAAAGAAGGCGUUGAACAACAAGGAGCGCAAGCUCAAGAGCUUGUGA